UGCAUGCAGUACGUACAAAGCCCAGCGCUAAUUAAAUUACGGUCGGUUUACAAUGGAUAGACACAAGCCUCGGUUGGGUUCGUGUUCAGUAGGUAUUUGAAUUUUAGUCGAAAAGUGUGGUACGGUGAUAUAGACACAAAUGUUGACAAAUUAAUUUUCACCAUGGAGAAGGUCGUUGUGAGUAAAACCCGAAAUGUAGUCAAUGGUGAACCGUGCGCUGAGCAUGCAACAGAUCCACAGUUGUCGGCAGCAAAGGACUCAAUUUCAUCAAAUGACCAAAAAGUGGCACAACGAUUUCGAAAAUUGAAAAUUGAACCACCGCUGACGGCACCCCGACCACCCUCAACACAAAGUGAUUGUGACACCGAAGAGAAUGAUUACGAUGAGCAUACCGCUGAGAGUGACAAUGAACCUGGCAUUGGAGCUCAGCAGUACGUGCGACUGAACGAGGAACAACACGUGGAGGCUGUGGUGAUCCUAAAAAAUGCUGGUACCGAGAACGAAUCCGAUGCAAUGGAAGAACUACUGAAGAGCAACGGGAAACUCAAAUUCAAUUUGACACCAGAACAGUUGGGUGGAAUUGCUGGGGGUGGCACUACCGUCAUUGAAAACAAAAGUAUUCCGCGAAAGUCCAGUCUCCGGAGAAAUUCUGUGUUCAGUAACCAGUCGGACCUGGAAAAGCAGUUGGUAAUGGAGAAGCCGAAACCCAUCCCGGAGCCGGCCGGAAUGUAUGAUGUUCCCAGAAGGAUUCUGAUGCCAAUGUUUUGUGAGGACCAGGAUUUCAUGGAUAUGAACAGUUUUUACGACCGAAACACACAGCUGAAAUUCGAUGAGAUUCUCACCGUGUACGACCAGUUCCCGAUGGAUUUUCUACCCAGUAAGUACAAGUGCGGUGCCUGCAAAAAACUAUGCCACGAGCCACGGGUGCUGGAUUGCCUGCAUACUUUCUGCAAGCGAUGUCUGAUAGAGCUGGAGGCAAAUUCGAACAGCGGAAGCAACCUAUUCUGGCGACGGAUCAACGAGUGCGCCAACUUUGACUGGGACAGUAAAGCUAAGAGUUGCGACUUUGAGGCCAACACCACCGCCGAUGAAAGCGGAGAAAAUGAAAAGUUCCCAGCUGCAGCAGCAUCCACACAUGAGCCCUCACGUGCCGUCAAUUGUGCUGCUAAUCAUGAUGCUUUCAGCGGCGAAUCACGUUUCGAUCAGAUUAGAGCGUCUUUUCAGAACUUCAAGGAGAAAAACUGUUUGAAGUCACCGUCCAAGGAGAGGGCGAAGGAGAAACCAAAGCUCAGUGUAAAAAUGGACCAAGAAAAGGAUUUGAUUUGUCCCAGCUGCGACAUGGCGACGGUGCUCCCGCUGGGAGGGGUGAAUCGUUUACCGCCACAUUUUGUGAUGGCGCGCAAAAUUGAGGAUAUUGUUUCGGCUUGCGGCAAUCCCCCACCGAACGUUUUCUGCGAAUUGUGCUCCAGUGAAGUCACGGCGACGUCUUCAUGCUCCACGUGUUCGCUCAAGCUGUGCAACUUUUGCAAGGAGGCCCACCAGCGGCAGCGCAACACGUCCACCCACAUGGUUCGUUCGCUCGGGGAGCUGUUGAAAAAAUCCCGCCGCAGUGAUCCGGAGGCACGCUCGAUUAAGUGUCCCAUGCAUCCGGAGCAUCAAUUAAAAUUAUUCUGCACCACUUGCCACCAAGUGAUAUGCAACGAGUGUACAGUUUUCAUUCACCGGGACCAUAAAUACACGUCCGCGUCGAAAGCGGCCAAGGUCUACAGCAAGUUUGUGAAAAACGCCAUCGAACAGACGAAACCGCUCGAAGACUACGCGAUGCAAUCGGUCGGACGGCUCAAUGACAUGUCGAUAAGGAUCAACAGCAAGUGUGAAUCGGUCCAGCGGGACGUGGAAGGAUACAUCGAUGAGUACAUUGCGGCACUGGAGGACCACCGGAAGAUGCUACUGAAGCAAAUCGGCGAGGUGCGGGAGGCGAAAAUGGCAAUGAUUAUGGCACAGAAAGUGGAUCUGGAACAACGCUCCCAAAACGCGCGCACUGCGAUUGACUUUGCAGAGGAGAUCAUCAACGAGGGCAAUGAGAUAGAAAAUUUAAUUUUUGUCAGCAUCCUGCUCAAACGCUUCGAGCAGUGUCUCCGCUCCAACCGGGCGCUCGACUUCAAGGUGACGGAUACGUUGGAAUUCCUGCCGGACGAGAUGACACCCUGUUGCCGGCUGCAAAAUCGGAUUCCCCUCUAUGGUAUCAUCACGACCCAGAAGGCUGAUCCGAGAAAGUGCUCGCUGGAGAAUUCCGCCGAGCUCGGUUGCCUCAAAGUGCAUCGGAAGGUUGAGCUGUCGCUUGUCACCAAAGAUUACGAAGGUAGACCUAUGAAUCACGGUGGAAUUACGGUACAGACGGACCUUCGCUACCGGGAGGAUGAGUCUCGGCCUAUCUCACUCAAUGUGGUAGAUAACCGCAACGGGACCUACGGAUUAUCUUUUGUGCCGGAGCGAGCAGGUGUGAUGAGUCUGAUGGUUUCAGUUGAUGGGAAACUUAUUGAGGGUUGCCCAUAUGUGCUGAGAAUUCACAACUUACGGCCGCACUACGGCGUUUAUCAUUGCUGUACCUUCUGCUCCAGCAACGGGUCCAAAUAUAGUACGUGCGCGUGCGGGAGCAUCAUGCCCGGCGGCUAUAGGGGCUGCGGACACGGUCACGAGGGACACCCCGGUCAGCGGCAUUGGUCCUGUUGUGGUAGCCUGCUGGAAUAUUCCGACUGUACGGUAAAGAAGGCAAAGUGAACACGCGUAGCACAUGUGUGUUUGGCAGCAGUAGGUGUUACUUUAUGAUUGCCUCAAGCAAGAUGGAAACAGUAAAGUAAACUGAGACAGGUUUCUUGAUGAUGAAAUAAGCUUGGGGGCAAGGUAAAUUAAAUUUUAGGUAUUUUUCUGGACAUGUGCUGCAUGAUUAGAUACGUUGUUUAUCUUGUUUAAAUAACAUUAUGAGUAUUAUUGAAUAUCAAUUCUGGGACAGGCAAAUUAUGUUAUGGCUGGUUAAAAUAACUGCAAAAAUGUUUAUUAAUAUCUAAAAUAAAUUAUUUAAUCACUGUAUUAGUCAAUGUUUAUGUUUAUAUACUAUCCUAAUAAUAGAUGCAUCAAGCUUCAUAUGCCAAAAUUUGUGAUGAAUACUUUGCCUUAUUCCACUCCAUAUAGGGUGCGUGUACCAAUCAUGGCACUACCUAAGGAGAGCUAUUUAUACAAAAAUAACGAGAAGACCAACGAAUGCCAUCAAUAAGUUAAAAGACAGCUUAGUUUCCAUAAUUAACAGGAAAAAUAUCGAAACGGAGCCAAAACUACUUUUAGUAUUUAUUACAGCGUGUGCCAAUGAUAGGAACCAUGUACCAGUUAUGGUUACAUUUUUUAACUUCGGUUCCUUUUCGCACUAUUUGCAUGCAUUUCUUAUGGGGUUAGCCAUAACUGGUACACUAUGGCGAAAAAGGGUGCAAGGAAGCCGAAAA